AUAAAACACACACGCGAGCCAGGGAGAACCACCGCCUACCUGGCUCCCUUUCCUAAACCCCAAUUAAAGGGCGUCAAACCAGAAGACAUACCUUCACGCUUCCUCAUAUAUACACCGCCACUUCCACCUCUUUCUAAGCCGGCACCCGGCGAGAAAGAGUCGCAAUGGCACAAGACCCAAAGGCUGUGGCAAGAGGAUGUGCGGAGAGCUACGAUGACGAAUGCGUCGAGAGUAACAUGGAAGGGCAUGAAAGCAAAGGGGACUUCCUUGAUCAACAAGGGAGUGAGUAAAACGAGGUCCUCGACCGUGGAGUUUUUGGAUAGGGUACCACGUGCUCUCGACCAUCUAACUCUCAUCCAUCCCCCCUCUCUUACCCUAAGUCCCGAAGAAAUCCGUACCGAAUUCGUGAGCACCCUACUGCGCACCCGCGAACAAUCGCGCAACCAAGCCCUCGUCGCGUCCGCGCUGCUUCCCAUCGCAGCCACAAUAGAUGUAGCCCUCGUCGUCACCUUUGGCGGGCUCACACAGACAACGGGGGUGUGGGCAUACCAGAACACGCGCGGUGCUAUAGCAAGCAAAAAGAUGACGCGGGGCCUGGCGCGCAGCGAGUCGUACCACGUGUCGGAGAACGGGGCCCAAGAGGAGGACAAGGGUAUCGCGAUGAAUAUGCAGAGUUCGCUCGCGCUGGAGCCGUUUGCGCGCUAUCUCGAACGCGCGUGUUUGCAGAAGAGCUUUUCUAUGUUUCCGCAUAUCGAGGCUGAGCAGUCUUCGCACGCUGGGAUUCCAACUGAAGAUGAAAUUUUGGAGGCGAUGGGUUGGGCGCCGACGAGGCGGUAUGGGAGGGAUUUAGAGAUAGCGGAGCAUGAUGGGAGAACGCAGAAGCUGACUGCGGAGCAGGAUGAGGACUGGCAGAGGAAGGAGGCGAGAGAGGAUGUGGAGAGGGUGGUGAGGAAGGCGGCUGCGGAGUGGGUGGCAGCUUGUAAGGGGUUUGGAAAAUAG